ACUACUACAGGUUCAUGUGGUACUCCCCUACCCGGUAGUGUCGACUACUACAGGUUCAUGCGGUUGGUUGAUGAUAAGCAGCACAAGGAGAACAUAAAACACACUGUAAUUAAAAUGUUAUCAUUUAGCUUGUGAAAUCUGCAGUUUCGACGAAGAAAAAUACAACGGAACCACUUGCAUCUGGACCGGGACAUUUAUGAGAUACACUUUUCUUCCAAAUCGAGAACAAAGAAAGUAUCGCCAAGACCAGGUCAGUUGAAAAAUGUGGCGGAGUUUUCCUUUAACUAAGCCAUAACACCAGAUCUGGAGCCCUCACAUAAUUGUUUUACAAUUCCAUAGCCACACUACACAAAAAUAUAAACGCAACAUGCAACAAUUUCAACGAUUUUAGUUACAGUUCAUAUAUGCAGAUAUGCAUCUGUUGGUCACAGAUACCUUUCAAAAAGAAGUUGGGGUGUGGAUCAGAAAACCAGUAAUUUUCUGGUGUGACCACCAUUUGCCUCAUGCAACGCAUAGAGUUGAUCAGGCUGUUGAUUGUGGCCUGUGGAAUGUUGUCCAACUCCUCUUCAAUGGCUGUGCAAAGUUGCUGGAUAUUGGCGGGAACUGGAGCACUGUGUCGUACACAUCGAUCCAGAGCAUCCCAAACAUGCUCAAUGGGUGACAUGUCUGGUGAGUAUGCAGGCCAUGGAAUAACUGGGACAUUUUCAGCUUCCAGGAAUUGUGUACAGGUCCUUGCGUCAUGGGGCUGUGCAUUAUCAUGCUGAAACAUGGUGAUGGCGACGGAUAAAUGGCACGACAAUGGGCCUCAGGAUUUCGUCACGUUAUCUCUGUGCAUUCAAAUUGCCAUUGAUAAAAUGCAAUUGUUCUCGUUGUCCGUAGUUUAUGCCUGGCCAUACCAUAACCCCACCACCACCAUCAUACUCUCGGUUCACAACGUUGGCGUCAGUAAACUGCUCACCCACACGACACCAGACACGCUGUCUGCCAGCUGCCUGGUACAGUUGAAACUGGGAUUCAUCCGUGAAGAGCAGACUUCCCCAGUGUACUAGUGGCCAUCGAAGGUGAGCAUUUGCCAACUGAAGUCGGUUAUGACGCCGAACUGCAGUCAGGUCAAGACCCUGCUGAGGACGAAGAGCACACAGGUAAAUAAAGGUUAAAUAAAAUAAAACAUUUAUUAAAAAAUAUGAGCUUCCCUGAGACAGUUUGUGCAGAAAUGAUUCAGACAGUUUGAUCAGCUGUCAGGGUGGCUGGUCUCAGACGAUCCCGCAGGUGAAGAAGCCGGAUGUGGAGGUCCUGGGCUGGCGUGGUUACACGUGGUCUGCGGUUGUGAAGCCGGUUGGAAGUACUGCCAAAUUCUCUUAAACAACAUUGGAGGCGGCUUAUGGUAGAGAAAUUAACAAUUAAUUCUCUGGCAGCAGCUCUGGUGGACAUUCCUGCAGUCAGCAUGCCAAUUGUUAGCUCGCUCAAAAACAGAGACAUCUGUGGAAUUGUGUUGUGUGACAAAACUGCACAUUUUAGAGUUGCCUUUUAUUGUCCCCAGCACAAAUUAUACCUGUGUAAUGAUCAUGUUGUUUAAUCAUCUUCUUGAUAUGUCACACCUGUCAGGUGGAUCAAUUAUCUUGGCAAAGGAGAAAUGUUCACUAACAGGGAUGUGAACACAUGUGUGCACAAAAUCUGAGAUAAAUAAGCAUGUGCAUGUCUGGUAUUUUUUGUUUUAGCUCAUGAAACAUGGAACCAACCCUUUACAUGUAUAUUUUUGUUCAGUAUAAAUAAAACCAUGCUUGUUUUGGAUUAAGCAGAGGUAUCAGGCUAUUAAUAACCAUAAGUACACAAAACAGUACUAUGUUAGUUAGCCCACAUAAAUGGUAGCCUACAUGAUCAUUUAACUUAGAAAUACAGUCAUCAUUAUUUGAUUAUGAGUUGGUAUUAAACAUUUCAGGAAUGCACAAGAAUGUCAAUAAUGUGUAGAAUGCAAUAAAACCAUGAAAUCAUUAUGCUAUAUCAUAUGCCCUGUUAUCAACACAGUUGGUUAAAUUGCAUAUAAAUGGAAAAUUGUAUUCCGUUUUUUAGGGCAAAAUACAUGGACCUAAUGUUAACAUAUGAGCGAUUCUUAAAUGUUUGAUUAUUGAGGCUUUUGUUGUUAUUACAAGGCUGGAUGAGUGUGGCAACCUUCCCCUCUUCCUCUUCGGAAGAGGCAGAGAUGAAUCGGAUCCACUAUGAGCUGCAGUACACCGAGGGUAUCAGCCAACGCAUGCGCAUCCCCGACACACUCAAAGUGGCCCCCGAAAACCAACAUGGGCUGCUGUCUCAGCCCCUGGCCCCCCACAUGAUGCAUGUACCAGAGAGGAUCGUGAUAGCAGGGGACGAUGGGGACUCCCGUUACUCCCGGCCCAGAGACCUAGACCUGAUCCAGUCCAUUCCUCCUGUGGAUUUACUGGACAUGAAGGCGCCGCCACGUGUCCUCACCCUCAACGAGCAUUCCCUGGACUCCCUGGAGACGGACCAGGCUCCCACACCACAGGCCCACGCCAACCAGGGGGUCCACUCUCGGUUGCUGAGGGAGCGCACAGUGAGCGAUAACACCAGCAUCCGCCAGAGCGGCCCGGCCAACAGAACCCAUGUAAGUGUAACCCUGUCCCCCGUCGCCCCCCCUCUCCGUGCCUGUCCCCCACUGUGUACCCCUGAGGAUGUGGUGAACCUACAGUAUAGUGCUGGAGGGUUGUUGUCCUAUAUCCAAUGCACCACGCGCCGGGCCUACCAGCAGGUCCUCGAGGUCCUGGAGGUCGACAUCCACCGCAGGGCUGGUCCCUUGACCCUCGACAUGGACAUGACCCCUGACGAUUCAGGCUUAGUGGACGCCUCGUCACUACGGCGACAGAUUGUGAAGCUGAACCGACGUCUCCAGCUACUGGAGGAGGAGAACAAGGAGCGCUCCAAGCGAGAGGUGAUUCUCUACUCCGCCACCGUGGCGUUCUGGCUCAUCAAUACCUGGAUCUGGUUCCGGCGUUAGAACCGCACGGAACCCAAUGACCAGGUCCUACACUGUCAUUUUAACCAGAAAUAUCUCAAUUCUAUCUACAGAUUGUAACACCAGAUAAUGUGAUUUAUUUAAAACAAUGUUUUUAUGUAAUAUACUGGGAGUUAACGGUUAGGUACUGUUUUGGUGUAGCAGAGAACAUUUCAGACCAACCUUAGUUUGGCGAUACUGUCCUCAUUCUCUAUUUGUAGAAACAGGAGUCUCAUAAAAUGUCCUUGUCCAGGGUGCAAGGGGAUCCAUGACAUUUUGUUUUGUUUUAAAUGCUCUGUUAUUAAAAUAAAUACUUUUUAUGAUCCGUGAAGUAACAACGUGUACACCGCCAUCUUGUAUAUUUCAAGUCUUCUCACAUUGAUCGAGACGGGUGUCUGUCAUCACUUUGGGGUGGACCCACCUGUCUGGAGCAAAACUCAAUUGUGGAAGGGGAGGGUGAUGGUAUCUAUGACAACUCCGACUGCCUAAUCUGUUGGUUAAAAAUAUGUCUUGGCUGUCCCCAUCAAUCCAGAUUGCUUGAAUCAGUGAGGCUGAUGAAAUGACGAGGAUACAGGCAAAGGAAACCAGUGUUGAGAUUUCCCCAAAUGUAAGCAUUUAGUUAGCACGUCCUGUGUGAAGGGAUUCAUACCAUUGCUCCAUUUUAUGGUGUGGGUUGACUAUUUAUUUCUCUCCUACCUCGAUGUUGGCAGGAAGCGGAGCAUCAGUCUAAAUGUCUAUUCAUUCUCAUCAAAUGAGGUCCUUAGCACUGUAUGAUGUAAUUGCCCAGUGUGGGAAAAAAUAGUUUGAACUCAUAUUUUAUAGGAUUAAAGAUGUAUCUUGUGGAAUAUAUGAGCUAAGAAACAUUGCGACAAAUGUGAGUAUGUUCUGUAUUAAUCAGGCGCUGUUUUUGCUGCACAAAACUGGCAUCUUUAGUUGAAAAAACUUUUUAUUUUAUUUUAUUUUCUUUAGUUGAACAUUUAUUUAUGUAUUUUUAUGUAUGUAUUUAUUUUCUUUAGUUGAACAUGUAUUUGUGCAUUUAUUUAUCUAUUUUCUUGUAAUAUCAAUGGAUUGUAUAAAUAUUUUACUGUAAUAAAUGAUGUGUGGU